CCAACCGAAAGCAGGCGGAGGCGGAUUUUCACGGGGAGAGGGAGUUUUAAAUUUGUAUAAUGCAAUUUACACACACGUAUUGCUUGGAUAUAUUUUAUUACAAUUAGGCUAUCUUUUAAUGUCUAUAUGAGUAUGUGUUCUAUCUUUUAAACCGAAAUAACAAUUGUAUAUUUCUUACUCUGAUAACACUGAAGUGAAUGCAAUGGCAGUUAGUGAGUUAGCAGCAGACUGCUAAUUGUUGGCGUAUUUUUGCACAUGUCACAGCGAUCAUUUUAACAUUUCUUUACGUUUUACUUUCUGAUCGCUGUUUAACAAACUAAUAAUAAGAGCGAAAAAAGAGAUGGGUACUGAGGUAAAAGAGAUAAAGGACGAUAGCGAUCUCAUUUGUGUACUUUGUAAGCGGCCCGACAACAUUCCAGAAAAAUAUGGGGAGAAGAUCACUGUUGAACAGCACAAACUGACUGUCCACUAUUUCUGUUUGCUGGUGUCUAGUGGAGUAUUUCAGAGAGGAAAAGAGGAUGAAGGCAUACUUGGUUUUCUUGUGGAUGACAUCAAGAAGGAGAUUCGCAGAUCUGCGAGGCUGAAAUGCACGCACUGCAAAAAAAAUGGUGCUUCAGUGGGGUGCUAUGUCAAAAGCUGCAGACAAGUGGUCCACCUGCCUUGUGGAAUCGAGCAGGAGUUUAUUUUCCAGUUCAAUGGCUCGUUUCCGUCUUACUGCAAAAAACAUGCACCUACUCAGGUCUGUGUGUCCAGCCCCAGUCUGCCACUGUCCUGCUCUGUGUGUCUGGAACCCACUGAACCUAUUCUCUCCUUUAAUGUGCUCAAGUGUCCUGCAUGUCAUGGAAGCUGGUUUCACAGGGAUUGUGUACAGCAACAUGCAUACAGUGCAGCCAUGUUUUUCUUCAAAUGCACACUUUGCAAUAACCAGGACCAGUUCCAGCAAGAAAUGCUUAGAAUGGGUAUAUAUAUACCAGAGAGGGAUGCAUCAUGGGAACUAGAGGAAAAUGCAUAUAGGGAAUUAUUGCAGGUGUACCAGCACUGUGAUGCUGCAAAGUGUCGCUGUUCUGGAGGUCGUACACAGAGUUCACAGUCAGGGCCUUUUGAAAUCAUUCUUUGUAAGUUCUGUGGAUCCAGCGGAACUCAUCGAAAGUGCUCCAACCUCAGGCUUUAUGAUACCGACUGGGGCUGUGCUGACUGUAAAGCUGUUGUUGAGGGGAAAAAGUCAGUGCCUUUGCCAAAUUAUGUUACAUCACCACUGGCUAAAAGGCAAGAGAGGAAGAGGCUGUUGCAAAAUAUUUCAGACCUUCACUCUUCACUCAUCACAAAAAGGCAGUGUGUGUCAGCCACUUCUCCAGAGAUUUUAAUGGAUCUGGCCUGUCAGAUUUCACAGCAGCAUUCCAUAGAGGUGCUAGUGGGAGAUGAUGUUAAUGAGGUGCUGGAAGCAGCUCUGCGGGUUCUGCGGCAAAGUGACUUUAACCCGUGCUACACUCUUUCUGUAAAAUUCUCCAAAGACAAUCUGAACAACAACGUUAGGAAUCAGCAUCUGUUCCUCAAUGGCCUCGUUCAAAACUUACAGAUGUCAGAAAUCUUUGAGGGACCUCAUGGAGCUAAAAACCUGGUUCUGAAUUCAAAAGCCCUGAGGGAUGAUCUUUACUUUGAGGUUGGUAGCCUGCUGGCUCUCUCUUUGGUUCAUGGUGGUCCUCCCGUGGGCUUCUUCUCUCCAGCGCUGUACCAUAGUCUGUUCCACUACCCCACAGACUACAGGCCUACUUUAGAAGACCUGGGAGACACUGCUUUUGCACAUAAAAUCAGAAGGAUUGCAGAAGCAAACUCCAUGAAGGAGUUGAAAUACGCAAUGCAGUCAGCAUCACAGUAUUUGGAAGUAGCAGGCUGCUGGCGAAAGAUCGGCAAACUGUCUGAGAAAGACAUGUUGGUGGAGGAUGUUCUAAAUUUUUACCUGAUCAUCAGAGUGCAGCUGCCUCUUCAAAGAUUUCGUGAGGGUCUGAGGACACUAGGACUGUUUGAGCGAGUUCAGAUGUGUGCAGAGGGUUUCUAUUCGGUUUUCUGUGGCCCCAUGGAGAGGCUGACAGCUGAAUCCAUGAUGGAGCUCUUCACUGCCCAACUUUCAGAGGAGAACGAACAACAAGCAAAGGAGCACACAACCAUAAGCUUUUGGAAACAGUAUCUACAUGAGUGUGAGGGAGGCCGGUGUGCAGCGUCACUUGAGGAUGUUCUAACGUUUGCCACUGCUACAGAUGUGAUUCCUUCCAUUGGAUUCAACCCGGCUCCGUCUCUUUCAUUCCUAAACUCGCCAGACACUUCCUGUGCCUUUCCUCAGAGCAACUGUGACACCAAUCAUCUCAUUCUGCCAAUACUACCUUCUUAUGAGAUCUUCAAGAAGCACUUGGAUUACACUGUGUGUCAGUUUUCAGUUAUGCAGGCCACUUAAAGAAACUCUUCCUCCACUCUGUGGAUAUUUCAGUAGAUUCAUGGUGUAGAUUUACCCAGUGAUCUACAAUGGUGCUAAAUAUCUAUGUUUCUAAUUAUUGGAGUUAUUGAUUAUUGUUAUAUGAACAGUAUUUUUCACUGUAGCUCACAGCAGCAUUACUUUGAUUACCAUGACCAUAGGUUGCUCCUUACCCAAUUUAACCUUUCACAUUCAUCAGAAGCUUCUAGCAGUUAUUUGGCAGUAAAUUGGAAUUUCUAAACAGAAAAUACAGAUGAUGUCCUGGCACUGUUACAGUUUGCUAAUAUUUACAUUAAUAACUGCAACCAGUCAGCAGUUGUCACAUUUCAUAGGAAUUCUCAGUUAUGAGGCAAUGCAAGUUCUUUACAUUCUUAGACUUAUGUUAAGGUUCUGUAUUCUUUGUGCAUUUUCUAAAGAAUAGUUGCAUUUUUUUUUUUUUCUCAAAGAAGAGAUGUUCUUUCUAUUGUUAAUUGCUGUAAAUUUGGUCUUUAUAGUGAGAUCUUAAAAGUACUUGAAAACUUGUAAUUUAUGCAAAUGCAUGUACACAAAUGGCUCUACAAUAAAUUGUCUCUUUGGUGUCAGCUAAAUGUUCCUAGCUAUACAUUUCAGAGGUGCACAGGUUUUAGUUAGUAGUGCAACCAAAGUUUAAAUUGUUGAAUAGGUAGUGUUGUAUGUACUUACAGCACGUGUACUAGGCAGCGAAGAGAAUUUGAUUUUCACACAAGAAAGGUUCACAUUGUAGUCUAAAAACUGAUAGCAAUUUCCAGGUAGCCACAAGAUUGAGCAAUUGUUCAUUUUGUCAUCAUUAUUCGCCAACAUCCAGUUGCCCCACAAUAGACAAGAUAAGAUGUGGUCUACGAUCUUUUUAAUAGCUUUAUACAGUGCAUUUCUUUGAAGAGAAGGUAAGUCUAUCCCUCACAGCUUUGUUUUCAUUCCUGUAAAAAAAUCAAAGAUAGCGCUGCUGUGAAUAAGGUCUAUGAAUUUGAGUCAGCUGUUGCUGAGUUCUAUGUUCUCAAUUUGUUUGUCCCUGAGACUAUUGUAGCAAUCAUACACAAGCAAUGUAUAUAUUUUUCACAUGUAUAGUUUUCUAUUUUUCCUGUUUUUGUUUAAGAGUAUACGAUGGCUUGCCUGUUCUGUAACUCAUAAUUUAUUACAUUCUUUCCCUUUACAGUUACACUCA